CCGACGGGCCUCCCUUCGUGGCGUCCUCGUUUGUGGUGCUCUCGGGGGCCGGGGGUGGAGAGUUAGGAGUCCCCAGGCCUCGGGGAAGCUCUUGGGGGGCGCCUGGACAGAGGCUAGGGGACCCAGCCCUCACGGUUGGUGGAUCGUUCCCGGCAUAGUGGCCAGGCUCCGGGGCUUACCCAAGGGACCAGGACAGGCUCCUGGUGUCGCCCGCCGCUGGCACUGAGCAGUGGGCGCCUUUGGGUGCUGCGAUCCUUCCUUCAGGUUUCAGUGGGAAUGGACGGACAGAUCUGAAGUUGAAAAUUCUUUUCACAACUCAUGUUCAACUAUGUGUGUUGUCAGAAUGCUCUUAAUGAGACACCAUCACUCAGUUUUAUUGGUUUUGUCGUAUUAGCCUCUGAAGUAGGCAAUUAUUGGUGUGAACAUACAUUUUAAAAAACAUCUGGAGUCAAGAGUGCACGAGUGUCAACUCAGUGCAAGUACUGUUGGUUAGCAUUAUGUCCUGAGGAUGAAAUCGGAGGACCAACAGGCCCAGGAGGCUUCACAGCGAACACCACGUGCCUCACGCCCAAAAGGACAGCAGACCACACUUCAGAACGGAACCGCCUUCUCCAUGUAAACUUUUGACGUAAACUGUGUGCUUCACGGUGGCCUCUUCUUCUCCGAGAGCCUCUCCUGCGUCCCGAGUUUGGGAGUGGCCCGGCCGUGCUCAGGCCCAGGCGGUGGAGGCCUCGGUGUAGUAGUGCCGUGCUUGUCGACGUUCCCAGGAGUACGGGUUCAGAAGCCCCCUCUCCGGUGGAUUGGCAGCUUCGCGGUAGCUGGGCUAGUCUUCGUCUGGAAACUCAGUAAAAACAGUCGGCGCUGUCCGCCUGAGCGCGGGUUUCCUACUGAGCUAGAGGCCAGCCUGCCUCAGGCGCAGAAGGGUUUGCCGCCGGCCUUGGUCAGGGCAAGCAGCUCCCUGGUGACGCCCAGAGCUGGGGUGUCCUGGGGCGCGGCAGGCGGAAAGGCACGCGCGGGCCAGGGGUGCAGUCAGCACAGAAUAUGGAAGAGAAUGGGAAUUUGUUUUCUGUAGCUGUAGCAUUAGUUGUGGUGAUAAGUAGCAGAAGAUGAGGUUGCAGGUAUCCUCAAAAGUAUUGCGUGCCAUUCCAAGGACCUUACCAUUUUUUCCUGCAGAUAACAAUAGGGUUUAUGUAUUUUAAUGAACAGAGAGACAUGAUAUGAUUUUUCUUUUUUUUUUUUACUUUUUUGAGAUAAGGUCUCACUGUGUCACCCAGGCUGAAAUGAAGUGGCACUCACCGCACUCCAUCAUGGCUCACUACAGCCUCGACUUCCCGGGCUCCAGCCAUCCUCCCACCUCAGCCUCACGAGUAGCUGGGACCACAGGUGUAAUGGAUAGGUAACAGAGAAGACCUCGUCCCUUCCUAGUCAGGGCAUCAGCAUGACUGAGUGCUUCCUGCCCCCCACCAGCAGCCCCAGUGAACACCGCAGGGUGGAGCAUGGCAGCGGGCUUACCCGGACCCCCAGCUCUGAAGAGAUCAGCCCUACUAAGUUUCCUGGAUUGUACCGCACUGGCGAGCCCUCACCUCCCCAUGACAUCCUCCAUGAGCCUCCUGAUAUAGUGUCUGAUGAUGAGAAAGAUCAUGGGAAGAAAAAAGGGAAAUUUAAGAAAAAGGAAAAGAGGACUGAAGGCUAUGCAGCCUUUCAGGAAGAUAGCUCUGGAGAUGAGGCAGAAAGUCCUUCUAAAAUGAAGAGGUCCAAGGGAAUCCAUGUUUUCAAGAAGCCCAGCUUUUCUAAAAAGAAGGAAAAGGAUUUUAAAAUAAAAGAGAAACCCAAAGAAGAAAAGCAUAAAGAAGAAAAGCACAAAGAAGAAAAACAUAAAGAGAAGAAGUCAAAAGACUUGACAGCAGCUGAUGUUGUUAAACAGUGGAAGGAAAAGAAGAAAAAGAAAAAGCCAAUUCAGGAGCCAGAGGUGCCUCAGAUUGAUGUUCCAAAUCUCAAACCCAUUUUUGGAAUUCCUUUGGCUGAUGCAGUAGAGAGGACCAUGAUGUAUGAUGGCAUUCGGCUGCCAGCCGUUUUCCGUGAAUGUAUAGAUUACGUAGAGAAGUAUGGCAUGAAGUGUGAAGGCAUCUACAGAGUAUCAGGAAUUAAAUCAAAGGUGGAUGAGCUAAAAGCAGCCUAUGACCGGGAGGAGUCUACAAACUUGGAAGACUAUGAGCCUAACACUGUAGCCAGUUUGCUGAAGCAGUAUUUGCGAGACCUUCCAGAGAAUUUGCUUACCAAAGAGCUUAUGCCCAGAUUUGAAGAGGCUUGUGGGAGGACCACGGAGACUGAGAAAGUGCAGGAAUUCCAGCGUUUACUCAAAGAACUGCCAGAAUGUAACUAUCUUCUGAUUUCUUGGCUCAUUGUGCACAUGGACCAUGUCAUUGCAAAGGAACUGGAAACAAAAAUGAAUAUACAGAACAUUUCUAUAGUGCUCAGCCCAACUGUGCAGAUCAGCAAUCGAGUCCUGUAUGUGUUUUUCACACAUGUGCAAGAACUCUUUGGAAAUGUGGUACUAAAGCAAGUGAUGAAACCUCUGCGAUGGUCUAACAUGGCCACGAUGCCCACGCUGCCAGAGACCCAGGCGGGCAUCAAGGAGGAGAUCAGGAGACAGGAGUUUCUUUUGAAUUGUUUACAUCGAGAUCUGCAGGGUGGGAUAAAGGAUUUGUCUAAAGAAGAAAGAUUAUGGGAAGUACAAAGAAUUUUGACAGCCCUCAAAAGAAAACUGAGAGAAGCUAAAAGACAGGAGUGUGAAACCAAGAUUGCACAAGAGAUAGCCAGUCUUUCAAAAGAGGAUGUUUCCAAAGAAGAGAUGAAUGAAAAUGAAGAAGUUAUAAAUAUUCUCCUUGCUCAGGAGAAUGAGAUCCUGACUGAACAGGAGGAGCUCCUGGCCAUGGAGCAGUUUCUGCGCCGGCAGAUUGCCUCAGAAAAAGAAGAGAUUGAACGCCUCAGAGCUGAGAUUGCUGAAAUUCAGAGUCGCCAGCAGCACGGCCGAAGUGAGACUGAGGAGUACUCCUCUGAGAGCGAGAGCGAGAGUGAGGAUGAGGAGGAGCUGCAGAUCAUUCUGGAAGACUUACAGAGACAGAACGAAGAGCUGGAAAUAAAGAACAAUCAUUUGAAUCAAGCAAUUCAUGAGGAGCGCGAGGCCAUCAUCGAGCUGCGCGUGCAGCUGCGGCUGCUCCAGAUGCAGCGAGCCAAGGCCGAGCAGCAGGCGCAGGAGGACGAGGAGCCUGAGUGGCGCGGGGGUGCCGUCCAGCCGCCCAGAGACGGUGUCCUUGAGCCAAAAGCAGCUAAAGAGCAGCCAAAGGCAGGCAAGGAGCCGGCAAAGCCAUCGCCCAGCAGGGAUAGGAAGGAGACGUCCAUCUGAGCAGCCUGCGUGGCCGUCUGGAGUCCGUGAGACUGAAAGGACCCGUGCAUCUUACUGUAACCCGGGGGCCAGGCCGGCUCUCUCGCUGUACAUUCUGUAAAGGUGUCUUCUCUUCUCAGACUCUUCCUCUGUCACACGUCUGACUCCUUCGCGUCAGGCUCAGGUUCCAUGGGAGGACGAAGCAGUGGACGCAUUGUGGGCUUUAGGGACAGAUGAGUUUUCCAGAUAGUGUCAGCUUAUUUGAAGAUUAAUUUUCUUUGUUAACUUAAAAUAACUAUUUUAACCCUUGAGUGGCUUCUUUUUAAACCAAAAAUCGUCUUUCUUUGCUUUUUUAUCACAGCAGAAUCAGGAUCUCUUUCUCAUUCAAGGGGGGAACCACACCAGGUCAGCGCUGCGCCUGCUGUGGCCGCCGCGAGCCACGCCCUCUGGGAUCUCUGGUACCGUCACUCUUGCUUGUGCCUUCCAGACCUUCUCGGUGCAGAUCCCUAUGGGGGAGCUGCCUCACGUUCUCUGACUGGUCAGAGCAGCGCCUGGUGGGUGUUCCCUGGCCCACUCUCCUCUCUCCUUCUGCAGUUCUAAACCACAGUCCAUAAGCCCGAGUCACCAGGACGGCCUAUCUGGCCACAGACAGGGGCUGCCCGUGGGGGCUGCCCGUGGAGCCUGCCCACCGGCCCCCGGCAGUGCAGGCCAGCGGGGAGGAGGCUGCCCGUUCCUGCCAGUUCCUCACUGCGGGGACCAGCAAAGGCCUUCUCACUGGGUUGGUCAAAGGUAGUCACCUUGGCCUGGUGCAUCCACAGAGGAUGUUGUUCAAACCAGAAAUCUUUUAAACGACUGACCUUCCUUAAAAACAGAAUGACUCCGAUUGCUUGCUUGGGCUAGAAUGUACACGUCUCCUUGCCUGAAUAAGCCAUAUAUAUGCUCUUAAACAAAAGUUUGAAAUUAUCCAUAUCAUCUCAGUGAACCUACUGGUGGACUCCCAAUUGACAAGAUUGAGCAAUAGAAAAAAAUUCCUUUCCUUUGAAUGAUAGCUGUGAUUCACCCCACCCCAUUUUCUCGUUUCUGGUCCAUCUGAUGAGAUGGAUGCUCUGAUGCUCUGAGGCUUCUGGGAGGCUGGGCCCUGGAGGCAACGUGCUGCAGGCACACUCUUGUCAGAGUGAACAGCACCGCGAGACAGGCCAGGCUCGUGGCUCGGAAGACAAACCCCACACACACUCAAGGGGUCGAAAACAAACCCCACACGAGGGCUCUCACCUCCUUCUCCUAGGUAGUAUUUAUUUUCAGCACCUGUUUGAUGCAGUUUUUAAUCCUCUGCCUAUUGCACUGUUGUGACUCGUUGGCCAUUAUUUGAUUUUUGUACGAAAAAAAGCUUUGUUAUAGAAAUCAGCAUACUAUUUUUUUAAAUCUGGAGAGAAGAUAUUCUGGUGACUGAAAGUAUGGUCGGGUGUCAGAUAUAAAUGUGCAAAUGCCUUCUUGCUGUCCUGUCGGUCUCAGUACAUUCACUUUAUAGCUGCUGGCAAUAUCGAAGGUUCCUUUUUUGUUUGUGUAAACUCUAAUUUCUAUCAAGGUGUCAUGGAUUUUUAAAAUUAGUAUUUCAUUACAAAUGUCUCAGCAUUGGUUAACUAAUUUUUGCCAGGACCAUUAUUGAUCAAGCAAAUAAAUUCAACAGCCAUUUGGGAAAAAGAAAA